UCAGGUCUGUACGGGAUUUGAAUCCAUGACCUCUGCGAUUCUGGUGCCGUGUUCUACCAAAUUUGAGUGAGCUUUCAAGUCAGCAAGGAGCUGGUCAUUGUGUUGGCGCUAUAAACACGUGAAGUGAUGAAUCGAUGACUAAGAAUAUAUGGAAAUCAUAUGAGUGAACUCACGCGGCGGAUUAACAAAUGAAUAUGAGAGUGAUGUUCGCAGUGAUGAACACAACUUAAGCAGUAGUGAAAAUAAGCCCUGAAAAAUUCACCUGUCUUCAAGAGCUUUCAAGCAUGAUAAAAGGCACAAGUCAUCAAUCCUCCACAAUGCGGUGUUUGGGUUUAUUACUUUGGAUUUUUAGCAUCGCAACUCUGGCAAAUGGUCAAAGUGUAUCGCAGCCACAAUCUCCCCCCCCCAGAAUUGUAAAUUUCUUGACAGGGAAUUUGCUCAAGCCAGAAGACGUCAAGUUUGGCAAAGAAUUUAAUGCUGCUAAGAACUGGGGCUUCAGACUACCAUGUGAUGCACAGGGUGCCAACAAAUUAGAAUGGAGAUGGCAGCAGAAUGGAACUGAUAUAAUUUUUCCUAAUGGCCAAUAUAAGCUUAACGAUGAUGGUUCAUUGACUGGAAAUUUCCUUACAGCUAAAAAUAGUGGGAAUUACCAGUGUUUUGUUAAGGACCCCACAACCAACAAAGAAACAUUCAGUAGAAAGGUGCAAGUAGCAGUAACAUAUGUUGAAGAUUUUGCUAAUAAAGACCCCAUCCGGUUGAGCGUGACUCUUGGAGAUCCUUUGAAAAUUGAUUGCCCGCCAAAUGGUGGAAGUUAUGGUGCUUCAUAUACCUGGGCAAAUAAAGACAACAUUCAGCUUAACAGAGAUGGACAUAUAGCGAUAACCCCAGUUGGUACACUGCAUAUCAUGUUUCUAACUCAAGCUGAUGUGGACAAAAUCUCAGAAUUAAAAGGAAUUGCUUGUACCAUUGUUGCAGCAAAUUCUAUCUUCGAAUCUGGCCUUGUGACUUUGGAUCCUCAAGCUGGAUCUGUGCAAGAAAAAGCACCUUCCUGGGAAUCAUCUUCAUUGUCAAAAAGUUCGGAGAUAGCUGUUGAGGGAAGAAACAAGACCCUUUACUGUCUGGCCCUUGGAAGGCCUGCCCCAAAGAUAACCUGGAAGAAAAAUGGUCAGCAAAUUAUAAAUGGGGAAAAUAACUACGACAUUCCAGACCUGUUCUUUGGACGACAAUUGACCAUCAUGAAUGUAAAGAAAGACAAACACGAAUCUCCACAGUACUCAUGUGAGGCAGAGAAUAAAAUGAACAGUGGAAACCCUUUGAAACACAACAUAGAGCUGAAAGUUGAAGCUGCUCCACGUUGGCGUCUCAAAGCUCCUGCAGAGAAGUUAGAGGUGGAUAUUCAAGGAAACGGGACGUUGCUUUGUGAUGUAUAUGCUGAUCCUGUGCCAUCUUUCUCGUGGUAUAAAGAUGGAACAAGGAUUGUGUCAUCAAAUACUAAUGUCAAAAUAGAAAAUGAAAAGUUGAGGAUUGAAAAUGCUCGAAUGCAGGAAGAUGGUGUUUACCAGUGUGUUGCAGAAAACGUCCAUGGUAUGGUUGUGUCAUCUACUUGGAUUUAUAUCCGCGCUAAAAAACCAACGUUUGACCCAACUAGUGGUCCGUUUUACCUGUUCAAGAAUAGUCAAGGCGUUCUUAAAUGCGAACCAGAAGCAGCACCUCCUCCAACCUUCAAGUGGUACAGGAAGGGUACGGAGCUCAAAACAGGCGGGCGCUACACAGUUCAGAAGGAUGGCGUCUUGUUGAUCAAUGAUGUUACUGAAGAUGAUGCGGGCAAUUAUCGUUGUGUAGCCGAGAACUUCUUGGAUAAGGCUGAAUAUAAUGGAGUAGCGACUGUUUAUGAAAGAACAAGAAUUACAGUGCGACCGGAGGACAAGAUUGUUCCGGAACGCGUCAAUAUCGACCUUCGUUGCCGCGCAGAGUUCGAUAAAAGACUGGAACUAAAGUACUACUGGAAGAGAGAUGAUGCAAUUAUUAAAUUCAACUCCAAGAUGGAAUGGCUGGAAGGAGAAAACGUUUUAAAAAUCUCCGAUAUAAGUGUUAACGAUGCUGGCGUUUACACCUGUGUCGCUUACACACCUGAACCUAAGAAGUCGGAAGACCAGGCGUCAGCCACAGUUAACAUUAAAGGAGUUCCAUUUCCUCCAACCAACCUCGAAAUAAAUAAGGAAACGUGCAUCAAUCGGACAACAGUACUCAAAUGGACAACCAGCGCUUCAAAUGAUGCUCCCAUUCUACACUUCCUGAUUGAACAGGAAUCGAAUCAUGAACCAGAUGUGUUCAUUUUCCUCCACAAUGUAACAAAUCCUAAUGCAACAUCUGUCGUGCUUAACCUUACUGGCUGGUCGACCUUGCGCUUCCGCAUGAGAGCUGUGAACAGCUUUGGCCCAAGUCGCCCUAGUUUACCCACAGGGGCUGGAAGUUGUAAAACAUCUCAGUCAGCUCCAGAGAAAUUCCCAGAGAACUUGCGUGGAGUACCAAAGAAGGCCGGUGAACUUGAUAUUGCUUGGACGCCUAUGCCGAAGGUCUAUUGGAACGGUCCUGGGUUUUACUAUAUAUUGGAGUACAGAAAAGUCGUAGAAUCGGCGAAUGAAGAUUCUCCUGAUCAAUGGAAAUACGCCAGACUGCCUGAUCAAGCUUCAACCUUUAAAGUCGACAAUCCUGGGUACUAUGAGCUUUGGGAGUUUAGAAUUCGCGCCGGAAACAACUUGGGCCCAGGACCCUUCAGCGCCAUCGAACGAUCCCGUUCUGGCCAAGAUCCACCUGAGGGACAACCAAAGAACGUAGCGGUGCAGAUUGUACAGGCACGCAGUGCGAAGCUUUCAUGGGAGCCUGUUGCUGCCCCGUCCAGAGGAAGUGUCGAUGGAUAUAGGAUUUUUUACUGGGGCACAAGCCUCCUGGCAAAUGCAAGGAGAAGAAGACGAGCCAUUCCAAGCUAUGCGAACUCUACAGAUGUCAAGGGGCGAACAACUUCUGAAACGACAGUUUUCGACCUGAAACCCUACACCUCGUACACAAUGGCAAUCAAAGCUUUUAACAGCGGAGGGGAGGGCCCAGCGAGUGAUGAAAUAGAUCUUGCAACACUGCAGGAUGUUCCUGGACGCCCGGCAGAUGUGAAAGUGUUCGCAUUUGCGUUGUAUAUCCUGAUCACAUGGAAACCACCUACAGAACCUAAUGGAAUCAUUACAAAUUACCAAGCGGGAUCUGCUAAGUACACUGGUUCAGAGCCUAAGGAUACUCCAGUGGAGAUGACACAGUUAGCAGCGUCGAAGAGGAGGCACCUUAUUGGACAACAAGAAGAACUGACAAACUAUGUUGUCGAAAUACGAGCCAAGACCGAACCGGGUUACGGUGAAAGUGUAAGAAUAGCCACAAGAACAGUCAAAAUUUCUCCACCUGCCAAACACAAUGCUCCCACGGUUGAACCAACAGGAAUCGACAAAGUCAGGGUUAUUUGCGAGAUCGCUGUUGGUGGAGGAUAUACACAUGAAUUCCUGGUUCAGUACCGACAGAAAUUGGAGGGUGAAGAGUUUGUGAACUCAUCUUGGAUUAAUUACUUGGGUGGCGACUUGGAUCUGGAGAUUGGUAAUCUGGAGUCUGCCUUGUACCAGUUUAGGACCAUCGGCAGAAAUGAUCAGGGAGAAAGUCCGCCGAGUGGCAUCACUGAAGCCAGACCCAUCCCGGGAAUUGUGGCUGGCAAGAGAUCAACUACUCCUAUACACCAGAGCGCUUGGUUUAUUGCCUUGUUGGUUCUUAUUGCCAUUCUCCUCAUUGUGCUGCUUAUAUUUGUCCUUUACACCCGUCGCCGUGGAUCAAAAUACCCAGUUGGUAAACGCGAGAAGAAACGAGCCGCUCAUCUCAUCGACCGGGAAUCAUUCGAUGAAGAAGAAGGUCCCUACCAACACCAAGGGGAUGAAAAUCCCCCACCCUACCAGAGUCAGGGCUCAUUGGAUAAACGGGAUAGUGACCGGGAUAGCCUGGACGACUACGGCGAGGGACCACAGUUCAACGAAGAUGGGUCCUUUAUAGAGGAAUAUGGGGACGAGAAAAAACCACCAGCGGACGAGAAAGACCAGUCUGCAUUUGCGACAUUCGUUUGAGGACAUUUCUGUAGUGUACCAGUGUUGUUUGGUGAUCCCAAAAAGUAAGCUGGGUACAGUUUGUCAAUCAUGAUCUUUGAAAGCUUAAGACCGCUGACUCAGUAGUCAAAGAAAACGCUUAGUUAAAAAGACGAAUUGUGGCUCGUCCCCAAUCGUAAAUGGCUGUUCUGAUAGAAGACAUUCAACCAUUCUUAGGGUAACUACUAAUGCGACGGCGAUUCUUAGCACCCUCUUUUUUUGUAUAAGACGUUUUAGAUGACGUAACCCUUUAACUCCCAAACUCUGAUCGUUAAUUCUCUCCUUUGCUUCCAAAAAAUUUCCUUUUAAAUAAGUUACGAGAAUUUAAUGUUUGGGAGUUUAAGGGUUAAACGUCUCAGGUGUGAAAACAGUCAGAGCCAUUAACGGAAUAUUUGGCGACUUUAAACUUAUCAAUUUUGUUGUUUUCAAUGAAUUUGAGUUUCUAAAACGAAUUGUUAAAAAAUCAGUGUCGUUAGGUAGUUUCAAAUUAACUCCAGAAAGCUCUCUGAGAAAAGAAAUUAGUGGCGAUACGUGGCAGUACGUCGCAAACUGAAUGCUUAUCAUUUGCUUGUAAGCAGAACAUAACUGCUAAAGAGGCUGUAUGUUAUUACCGUAAUUAAGUGUUCUAAUAAGAGCUGUUAGAAGUUCGACCUCGUUUGAGGACGGUAAAUGAAUAUUCGAAUCGUAUUUUAUUUUGCUUUAAGUUUCGAAGAUGCGCUCAAGGUGUGUCAAAGAACAACGGGCAACCGUGAAAUGACGCGAAGGAAAAGCUGUGUUAGCCCGUCCAUCGUAUCUAGACUGCAUUUGUUUUAGUUCUUUAUUGCGAGUCGCCGGUCGCCAGUCUGAUAGCAGGAAAAACAGGAAGAGGUGUUUCUUCCAAGAGAAGUCCAGUUAGGUUAAAAUUCUGUUCAAUUUGUUUUCACACGUUGUUAAGAAGCAGCAGGCAAAAGUCAGCAUAUUUAUUCUAAUUAUUGAAAGCGAUAUAGUGUAAAUUGCCAAAAUUCGUAGUUAGUCGUACUGUCGAAUGCUCUGUGCAUUGUUAAGUCAGUUGUAAAGAAGUUAGGUUGAUCUUGGACUGUAAUUUUGUUUGUUUCGGUGACGCAUCUUAGGGGCUUCGUUUCAAUUUUUUUUCUUGGUAGGGUGGCGGUUUAUAUUCAUUUUUUUUUUAUUCAUUCAAUGCGUACCUUUUGCUAUUAAAAAAAAAGUACCUUCUUGUAAAGUUUGAUUUUUUCCUUUUUAUUCACGACGUAGCAAUGUAUGAUGGAAAAUCACAGUGUUUUUAUACUGAUCAACCUGCACGUCAUGAAUUUCUUAUUUCCUUUUGGAGCGUGUCUUAGUUUCUCUCAACUUGGUAGUAUCCAGCAGAGUUAAUAGAUAACAUUAAAGAAGUAUCAUUUCAUUUCACCGCCAUCUACCAGCUUACGUUAGACCACUGUGAUAAAGUUACAUAUCUUGUGGUUAGAUAAAUAACCUAACAUUGUCGUUUAUUUCUGAUCCUCAGUUUUAAGUUGCGGUACUUCUAUUAUUUUUAAGUUUUUACGAUGUCAUCGAGCAGAUUUCACCGGAAAGUAGCAGCAUUCUGGGAGUGUAUUUCCCGUCCCAGUCAACCCUCACCCCCUCCUCCCCCAGACUUUAUAACGUUCCCGUUAAGGAAAAACGUUUUUGAAAUUAAAAAACGCCCCAUCCUCCCGUUGUCGAAAAGUUGCUGUUACUUGAAGGUGUUCAUACUCUGGUUAUUUAAUAAGGGAUGUAAAUGUUCUUUUAAAAAUAGGGAACUGUUGUUUUAUAGAAAUAAAGUUGUUUGAGCUUGUA